ACCUCUUCCUUUAUUUAUCCCAACCCCAAUUCUCCACUAGAAAAAAAAAAUCCCCAUUACUCCACCACUCUCAACCUUCCACCCACUUUCUCUCUCUAAAAACUCUCUAUUUCUCUCUCUAAUUUUUUUCCCAAAUGGCUUCUGAAACAGAGGUGCCUGAGCAGCAAUCUUUGCUAGAACGCUUGAUGGGUUCAAGAAACAGAGACCUCUCUCUGUUCCUACCCAUCAUCUUAGGCUUCACAAACACCACCACCACCACCACCACCAGCACCAGCAACAACAACCCAGAUCAAGAAACACCACCAGACUCACGUGAGUCACGUGACAGGAUCAUCCUGGUGAACCCAUUGACCCAGGGGAUGGUGGUGAUAGAGGGCAGUCCCUCCAGCCUGGAUUCUUUCCUGAGGGACCUACUGAGCAAGGAUGGUCAGCCACCAGCCUCCAGAGCAUCUGUUGAGGCCAUGCCAAGUGCGGUGAUCAGUGAAGAAGAUGUGGAAGGUGGCGAUGGUGAGUGCGUGAUCUGUUUGGAGGAGUGGAAAAUUGGUGGGUUGGCCAAAGAAAUGCCUUGCAAGCAUAGGUUUCAUGGGGAUUGUAUAGAAAAGUGGUUGGGGAUUCAUGGGUCUUGCCCUCUUUGUAGGUAUAAGAUGCCAGUUGAUGAUGAUCAAGAUUUGAACAAAUUAAGUGGUGGUGGUGGUGGUGAAGAGAGAGGGAGGAGGAGGGAAAUUUGGGUGAGUUUCUCUAUUAAUAGUGAGAGAAGAAGUGGUGGUCCAAAUCAAACACCUGCAAGUGAUUCAUAUGAUUCCUCCUCAACCCCUCCAAGACCUGAUCAUCAUGAAAUUGAGGGCUAAAGACAAUUUUUGGUUGAAUUUUUUUUUUUUUUUUUUACAAACCUGUACAUAAGAACUAAAGUUUUUCUUAUGGUUUUGUGUCCUUUUGCAAAUAAUAAACCAAUAAAUAUUUGUCUCAA